UUUAAGGUUGUUCAACCAUUGUAAGCAGGGCGCAGUGGGGUGCGAAGAGCCCUAAGUGCACAAAAAGGCUGUCUACUCCUGUUCCUAAUGUGGUCAUCCACCACACGGCAGGGGCCUUCUGCAGUUCCAGGUCGAAAUGUAACACACAAGUCAGGAAUAUACAAAACUUUCAUAUGAAUUCUAGAGGGUGGUGUGACAUCGGCUACAAUUUCCUGAUUGGAGAGGACGGCGCUGUGUAUGAAGGCCGAGGAUGGACAACCCAUGGAUCACAUGCAUUAACCUACAACCCCAUCUCCGUCGGAAUCAGCUUUAUAGGAUCCUUUGGUGAUCGUGCUCCCAAUACUGCUGCUCUUAAUGCAGCUAAGCGUCUCAUCGCUUGUGGAGUCUCCAGAAAUUUCAUCAGAAGAACUUAUACACUGAAGGGACAUCGCAAUGUAAUGAGUACAAGUUGUCCAGGAAAUAGCUUGUACAGGAUCAUUCAGGGUUGGCCACGCUUUAAAGCUUAAGAUGAAUGUCCGGAGAUACUGAAGACUCUUUAAAGCUUAAUGAAAAGCCAAAGC